UCCUUAGCUGUUGGCAUCAUACAUAUAGCAUAAAUGUCUGUUGAAACACUUUGAAACAUCCUCGGAGUUUUUAAUGAAGCCAUCAUCAUCAUCAUCAUCAUCAUCAUCUGUUUGAUCAAAUUUCCAUCUUCAGAUUUGUGCCACACCUGCAUUGUGAUGAGUUUUAUUGAGUACCAUUAAUCAGUUCUAGUUCACCUUUUGAGCUCCACUUAUUUAGUGUUUUGAGUAUAUCUCAAAACAUAGACAAUUGCAAAUCAAGCAUACACAGUUGGUGAAAAAGCCAUGGUGGAAGAAGAAGAUAACUAUACAAAGAACGGGACAGUAGAUUUCCACGGUAACCCUGCCAAUAAGAAGAAAACAGGAACUUGGAAGGCUUGCCCCUACAUCCUAGGGAAUGAAUGCUGCGAAAGAUUGGCAUACUAUGGAAUGAGCUCCAACUUGGUGCUUUAUUUCAAGCAUCAACUCAACCAGCAGAGUGCAACUGCUGCUAAGAAUCAAUCAGAUUGGUCUGGUACAUGCUACAUCACACCGCUCAUCGGAGCAUUUCUUGCUGAUGCCUAUCUAGGAAGAUACUGGACUAUUGCAGUCUUCUCAAUCAUCUAUGUCAUUGGAAUGACCCUGUUGACAUUGUCAGCAUCGGUGCCCGGCAUAAAGCCAUUCUGUUAUGCAAAAGAUGAUUGCAACCCAACACAUACACAGAGUGCAGUCUGCUUCAUAGCCCUUUACCUGAUAGCACUCGGAACUGGAGGGAUUAAGCCUUGUGUCUCAACCUAUGGAGCAGAUCAGUUUGAUGAUGCUGAUGAAACCGAGAAGAAACAAAAGAGCUCUUUCUUCAAUUGGUUCUAUUUUUCAAUCAAUGUCGGUGCACUUGUUGCCACGUCUGUGCUGGUUUGGGUACAAGACAAUGUGGGUUGGGGAUGGGGUUUUGGAAUCCCAGCUGUGGCCAUGGCAAUUGCAGUAGCAAGUUUCUUUUCUGGUACUCGCCUGUAUCGGAACCAGAAGCCCGGAGGUAGCCCUCUGACAAGAAUCUGUCAGGUGCUAGUAGCUUCUGUGAAGAAAUAUAGGGUUAGAGUUCCAGCAGAUAAGACUCUUUUGUAUGAGACUGCUGAUACCGAAUCUGCUAUCAAAGGAAGCCGCAAGAUUGAUCACACCAAAGAUUUUAGUUUCUUGGAUAAGGCAGCUGUGCAGAAACAAUCAGAUCAUAAGGGGGGCUCAAUAAACCCAUGGAGACUAUGCUCAGUGACCCAAGUUGAGGAGCUGAAAGGCAUUGUGCGAUUGCUUCCAAUAUUUGCAACUGGUAUCAUCUUCUCUGCUGUAUAUAACCAAAUGAGCAAUUUUUUUUCGUUGCAAGGUGAGAGAAUGGAUACUCGUGUUGGCAACACUAACUUCAGGAUCCCACCACCAUCACUUGGUAUUUUCGACAUCUUCAGUGUCAUUUUCUGGGUCCCAGUUUAUGAUCAAAUCAUUGUCCCUGUUGCCAGAAGAUUCACCGGUCACAAAAGUGGAUUGACUCAACUCCAGCGAAUGGGCAUUGGGCUCUUCAUAUCCAUCUUGUCCAUGCUAGCUGCAGGGAUAUUGGAGCUUGUUAGACUUGGAAUUGUAAGAAGGCAUGACUACUAUGACCGUACUGAGAUGCCCAUGUCCAUAUUUUGGCAGGUUCCACAGUACUUCCUUGUUGGGUGUGCAGAGGUUUUCACCUUCAUUGGACAGUUGGAAUUCUUCUACGAGGAAGCACCUGAUGCCAUGAGAAGUUUGUGCUCUGCUCUCUCACUCGCCACUAAUGCACUAGGAAGCUACUUGAGCUCACUACUAGUAACUAUUGUUGUCUCAAUUAGUGCUAAGAAUGGGAAUCCUGGAUGGAUACCGGACAAUUUGAACUAUGGUCACCUUGACUACUUCUUUUGGCUCUUGGCUGUACUGAGCGUGCUCAAUUUAGGAGUUUUUAUCUUGGUGGCAAAGUGGUAUACAUACAAAAAGCCAGUGCAGACUACUGAUGAUGUCUAAAAUGAGUGGCAUUGUGUAAGCAAUAUAGUUGUGCACUUUCUUAGUUUCUUGCUUUUACUGUACUGUGAUUCAAGCUUUGUGUAAAUACUGUCUACUUCAAA